CAUCCACGAUCAUCUCUUUGUCAAUCAUAGAAGAGCAUUUGUAUUUUCCGAUAUAUAAUUUUACAGUGGUUUCAUACUUUUGACUACACAAAUUAUAACCGUGCUGUGUAAGAUUCAUAAAGUUUGGUAAAUUUAUCUUUCUCUUUGUAAUUACUCCGAAAAGGAAUAAUUAUAAUACAUACCGAAAAAUCACUUUUUGGAUUUCACAAUGGAAGUUGAUGGCGAUGCGCUGGCAGUAAUAGAAUGUAGACACAAAAAGGAAAAAAAAGAGGUACAAGCUAAAAUUCAAGCUCUGAAGAAAGCUGCAAAAAACGAUAAGACAAAGAAGAAAGACCUUGUUGCCGAAGUGGCUAGGCUAGAAUCUGAACUUGAAGAGCGUCAUAAACAUGAAAUAGAAUGUGCCCAAACAGAGGUGCUUGUGAAUGACACAGAUGAGAUAACAGAAACUGAGCCAGUAAAGUUCAAAGUUUCAAAAGCUCAAAGAAGGAGGGAUAAGAAAUCGCAACAUGCAAAAGAACGAGAAGAAGAAAUAAAACAGCAAGAAAAGGAAAAUGUUCACGGCCCUAGGAAUAUGGAAAUGCAAUCUCUAAACACUAAGUUAAAAGAGAAAAAGUUGAAGAUAUUCCAUAUUCCUUCAGAUGGUGAUUGUUUGUACAAAGCUAUUGCUCAUCAACUGGAACUUAAAAAAAAUCAAGUGCUUUCUGUAGAUGAAUUGAGAAAAAAUGUUUCUAACUACAUUAGGCAGAAUAAGGAUGAUUUUAUCCCAUUCAUGAGCCACCCAGAUACAUGUGAUAUGCUCACUGAAGCUGAAUUUGAACAAUAUUGUGAUAAAAUAACUGAAACUAAAGUCUGGGGUGGUCAAUUAGAAAUUAGAGCACUUUCAAACUCAUUAAAAUGUCCAAUAAAUGUGAUACAAGCUACGGGUCCUGAAUGCAUUGAACAAGGAGCAGAGUUUGACAAUCCUCCCUUAGUAAUCACCUAUCAUAGGCAUAUGUACAGUUUAGGGGAACAUUAUAACUCAACUUGUGUUAUUGAAGCUGAAAGUGCCUAAAUAAAUAUAUGUUUUGGGUUUAAUUAAGGAA